AAAACUCUAGGAAACAAUGUCCGACUGGGAAGACGACGAUUUCGAGCCCGAGGUGUCGACGUUCAAGCGUGCGGAGCCAGCUCCAGAGCCCGUGAAAAUCGUCGACGCACCACCGCCACCACAGAAAGCCGCUCCCGCAGCUCCGAAAACUCUGAAAGCCGCUCCAACAUUCGCCAUGGAAUCACUUGGACGAGAACUGACGUCGGCUGAAAAAGAAGCGAUACAGAAGAAAAAUGAUCUCGCGUUGGCUCGUGAUUUGUUCGGAGAUGAUGAUUCUGCUGAAGCCACUGACGAAGCGAAGACCUAUGCGAAUAUCAUGUCGAAAGCCGAUUUCGAGUACUGGGGAGAGCGUGUCGGUGGAUUUUUGGCUUCACGGAGUAAAGCAUCCUGUUAUGGAGAUAUGAUUGGAAAACUUCUCACUUCCGUCACUGAUGAGAUGACACCCGCCGAAAUCCUGAAAAUGGUCACCUUCCUUCAACAGAUCAGCGCCGCCAAGAAGACUGCCGAGAAGACGAAAGCGAAGGCCACCACCGCCGCAAAACCAGCUGCAGCUGCCAACAAAAAGAACGCGAAGGCAACGCUGAAAGUGACGAAGGGAAAUGACAGCAUGUACGACGAUUACGGAGACGACCAAGACGAUUAUGAUGAUUAUUGAUUGAUUUUUGUUAUUUUUGUUAGUCCCCUCCCUGCGUCCCAAAAUUUUUCCUGAUCAUUUUUGCGUCAAAAAGCACACAACAUUUCUGUCUUGAACUACGGUGAACUAUCUUUUUUCAAUUUUUUUUUUUGGAAUUUUUUUUUUUGCUCCUUGGGUUUCCGUUUUGGUUCUUUUUUUGUUCUUGUUUUUCCGCCCUCGCUUUUUCUGAAUUGUACCCCCUGUUCCGUUUCUGGCAGAAUGAAGAGUUCUAUGUG